AUGAUGAUUAGAAGAACAAGAACAAUAUACAUAUUAGCAAUUGUUAUAGCGACAGUUAUAAUACUACAUUUACUAAAUCCAGCUGAUAGUGUUCAAUAUCAUUCUCAAAUAAUAAGAUCAUUUAAACAACAGAUUUCUUCAAUUAACCCCUUUCUGUCGCAUGAAUUAUCUGAACUGGGAGGGUAUAUUAUCAAACCCAAUAAUGUACAAUUUAAAUUCACCAAUCCCAAACAACGAUCUACCGAACCUAAACAUAUAAUAUUAGAAAAUGCAAAGCGCUAUAAAGAAUUAUUAUCUCAACCAAUAAAUGAACCAAAAGAUGCAACAUUAAUGCGACCGCCAAGUAAUUUUGCAACCUACAAACGGGCUAAUGCCACCCUCUUGGCGUUAGUCAAGAAUCAAGAAGCAGCCGCAAUUGGAGCAAGUCUUAGACAAAUUCAUAAUCGAUUCAAUUCAAAGUUUAAAUAUCCAAUCACCUUAUUAAAUGAUAAACCAUUCACUGACAAUUUUAUUAGAAAAAUGAGUAGAUAUAUCCCGGAAGAGAUAGAGGUGGAAUAUGUGACCAUUCCAAAGCAACUUUGGGAUAAACCAGACAAUAUCGAUUUAAAACGUGAAACUCAUGAAAUGGAUCUAAUGGAAAAACAUGAUAUUGCUUAUGCUAAAAAACAGUCAUAUCACAAUAUGUGUAGGUUUUAUCUGGGGAAUAUUUAUAAUGUUCCAGAACUUCAAAAAUAUAAAUAUUAUUGGAGAAUUGAACCAGGUAUCAAUUAUUUCACUGAUAUAAAUUAUGAUGUGUUUAGGUAUUUAGAAGACACUGGAAAGAUCUACGGAUUUACAAUAAGUCUAUAUGACAUCGAAGAAUCAAUCAAGACAUUAUGGCCCGAAACAUUAAAUUAUCUAAACAAAGACAAUAACUAUAAAUACAUAGAUACAAAUGGAUCAUUUCAAUGGUUGGUUGAAGACCUACAAAAUCCCCAAAAGAAUAAAGUAGCUGGAGGUUACUCAACUUGUCACUUUUGGUCAAAUUUCGAAAUUGCAGAUAUGGAUUUCUUUAGAGGUGAUGCAUAUAAUAAUUGGUUCAAAUAUUUAGAUUCUACAGGGAAAUUUUAUUACGAAAGAUGGGGAGAUGCCCCAGUCCAUUCAAUAGGUGUAAGUUUAUUUGCAGACAAAAAGAAAAUUCAUUGGUUUAGAGAUAUUGGAUACUUUCAUGAUCCAUAUUUUAAUUGUCCAAAUACUCCAACUAGUCAAAAUUGUGAAAUUGGGAAGUUUAGUCUUUGGGAGCAUUUGAAUAAAGAAAACUGUUUAAUGAAUUGGGUUGAUUACGAAAUGACACCCAAUGUUUAUUGA